CCCCCACCCCCCCCCCCCCCAAUUCUUUACAAACUUGCUCAAUCCUUCUCCUUCGCCCUCUAUCUGCUCCCUCAAAAGCUUCUGCCUCAAUUCCUUCCUCACUCCAUCCCCGUGCCUUCCUCAACAAUGGACCCCGUUGAGCUCAAGCGCGUUUUCCAGAUGUUCGAUCGCAACGGGGACGGCCGAAUCACGCAGAAGGAGCUCAACGACUCGCUCGAGAGCCUCGGCAUGUUCAUCCCGGACAAGGAUUUAAGGCAAAUGAUCGACAAGAUCGACGUCAACGGAGACGGGUGCGUGGACAUGGAGGAAUUUGGUGAGCUGUACCACGCGAUCAUGGAGGAACGGAAUGAGGAGGAGGACAUGAGAGAGGCAUUCGACGUGUUCGACCGAAACGGCGACGGCUUCAUCACCGUGGACGAAUUGAGAUCGGUGUUAUCGUCGCUCGGGUUGAAGCAGGGAAGAGCGAUGGAAGAUUGCAAGAAGAUGAUAAUGAAGGUGGAUGUGGAUGGAGACGGAAGGGUCAAUUACAGCGAGUUUAAGCAAAUGAUGAAGGGAGGUGGCUUCGGUGCUCUCGGCUAACCUGUUCCUUGCUUCUUGUACAUACUCCAAAAAUUGACCCGCUCAUCGCAAUGAACAUCAUCAUCAAUUCGUGUUCGUGCUUCAAAUCAAAGACCAAGGUGCAUGCGUUGUCCAUCAAGAUUGCAUCUUACGGUUAGAUGGUUCAAGCGAAUCCAUGAAUCCUGGAAAUUGUGGGAACUGGGAGAAGGGCAGUGAAUGGGAGCGAGCGCUUGCCGUAACCCUAUAAUGUGUUAUUUUCUUUCUUUUUUAAAUAUUUUUUGACAGGUUCUGUUUUCGGUUUGUAUAACCGUUUUGUUGAUUACCGCUGGUGCCGGAUUUUGAUAUCCCAAUUUCAUUGGCUUGGCUUUUGUUUUUCUGUUUCCCCACUUGAUAUACUUUCAUGGAUUGUAUUUGACGAUUUGGAUCAUUCAUCUUUUAGCAGCAAA